UCCACGCCUUCAGAAAACCGGAGCAAGCGCGAGGAAAACACGGCGCGUGUGAUGUUUACGCGAUGCGAGCGAAUCGACAUUUGGCUUGAAAAAUGAAGAUAUAGCCGAAGGUGAUGCUCCUGCAUAUGCCCUAACCCGUGCGCCAGAGAUGGAGGCGUCCAGCCUGCCCGCAGAGCUGUGGCGUCUUAUCCUGGCCUAUCUACCCCUGGGUGACUUGGGCCGUUGUUGCCUGGUGUGCCACGCAUGGCGAGAACUCGUACUGAGCCUGGAUAGCACGCGCUGGCGUCAGCUGUGCCUGGGCCUCCGAGAGUGGCGGCAUCCAAAUUGGCCACGCCGACCUCACUUGGCACCGCCAUCCUGGCGUGAGGCGCUGCGCCAGCAAGCCCUGGCCAGCCGCACAUGGACGCAGAACGGAGCUGAGCUCCACUCGUCUACCUGCCUGCACCUUUUCCGGCGCAGGAAGGACAGGAAAGUGUGGCAUGUGGGCUCCGUGCCUGGGCACGGCUAUGAGACACUGAGAGGGGCUCUGGCGACCGCUGGGCCAUACGAUCGGCUGAUGCUCCACCCAGGUAUCUACGAGGAGCAGGCAGAGGUGACUCUAAAAGUGCCAGUUGAGAUCGUAGGGAUGGGGAAGCUUGGUGACGUGGCUUUGCUGGUGAGCUUCGAUCAGCAGUGCCCGACUGCCAGGCUGUGUAAUUUGGUUUUGAUGCCGGCCUGGUUUUCACCAGUGGUGUAUAAGACAUCUUCAGGUCAUGUCCAGUUGGACAACUGCAACUUCGAGGGCUGUCAGUUGCACGUCAGAGGACCAGGUACGUGCCAGGCGCGCUUCUGUUCGUUUGCCCAGGGUAGCUCCGCCCACUUUCUGGGUGUGGCCAUCAGCCUAAUGGACAGCUGUGAGUUUUCCGGUGGUGACUCUGCGUCUGUCACUGUGGAAGGUCCACCGGUUUCUGAGCGCAACUGGGCUUGUAAACACCUGGCUGCUUUGGCCAAAAUGUUAACCGCCUCAACCAUGUCUAUGAGCAAUCAGGACGCAAAAGACAACCUGGGUGGAGUCAGUCCCAGAGAUUCUGCCCGAGAGGACUGGACUAAACAGGACAUGGACUGGGAAACUGGCUGGAUCAAAUCAAAACCCUUUAAUGGUCUGCUUUCAGGCCAGGAGGGCACGAUGAUCGAGGAUGACAGCAUGGAGACAUCAAGCGAUUCUGGUGAUGAUGAAAAAAUAGAGAAUGGAAAUAAUGUGGGUUACACGCUGUCCUACGAGCAGCAUGGUCUUGCACACCUCUCGGAGCCACGGAAGCCGGACUUUUCCAUGUUUCCUGUGCUGCUGAAUCUAAACGCAGAGCUGCAGAGGGAUACUGACGCACAGGAGCUGACGAACUCCGUGCAAGGGUGCCUACUGCGCCACUGCCUGCUGCGUGAUGGCAAAGGGGGUGUGCAUCUGUGUAACCAUGCCCAGGCGAGACUGGAAGCCAACGUGUUCCGAGGACUCAACUAUGCAGUGCGCUGCAUCCAGUAUGCCAAGAUGGUGAUGUUGCGCAAUGAAGUGAGCGGGUGCCGAGCUUCUGGGGUUUUCUUGCGGCUCUCUGCUCAAGGCCUCAUCGCUGAAAACAACAUCCACUCAAACGGCGAAGCAGGACUAGACAUACGCAAAGGAGCCAAUCCCAUCAUCCUGUGUAACAGAAUCCACAGCGGCCUACGCUCCGGGAUCGUCGUUCUGGGCAACGGGAAAGGUUCCAUCCGCAGCAACCAGAUCUACGGCAACAAAGAGGCCGGAGUCUACAUUCUUUUCAAUGGCAAUCCUGUGGUCAGUGGGAAUCACAUAUUCCAAGGUCUUGCUGCUGGCAUUGCUGUGAAUGAGAACGGAAGAGGACUGAUUACUGAGAAUGUGAUAAGGCAGAAUCAGUGGGGUGGUGCAGACAUCCGUCGAGGAGGUGAUCCAGUCCUGCGCAAUAACUUCAUCUGUCAUGGCUACUCUGACGGAGUGGUGGUGGGGGAGAGAGGAAGGGGCCUCAUUGAGGGCAACCACAUCUAUGGCAAUAGGGGCUGUGGUGUGUGGGUGAUGUUAUCGAGCCUUCCGCAGCUGAUCGGAAACUACAUAACCCAUAACCGUAUGUAUGGGCUGGCCGUGUUUUGCCGGAAGGACCCGGCAUUUUCAGCAAGCAGUGAGCGAGGAGGAGGAGAGAGGGAGAGAGGAGGACAGGAGAACUUUCACGAAGAAGGCGAGCUGCUAGCAUGGGAGAGCGACAUGGACAGUGAGGACGAGCGAUUCUCAACCCGACGCCCGAUCACUGUGGCUUUAGUGGAGAAUAACUGCAUAAGCCAAAACGGAGCAGUUGGCGUGUACGUGAAAAGCAGUGAGGCACUAAACGUGGUGGGUAACAUGGUGGCCAGCAACCGGGCAGCAGGCGUAGCCAUCGUUCAGAGCGCACAGCUAACGCGACUUGUCAGCAACUGCGUCCAUGGCAACGGCAGGGCGGGAAUCACGGUAGACCGAGAAUGCCGAGUGGAGCUCCGAGGCAAUGGCAUUUACGGCAACAGUUACCAUGGCGUGUGCUUCCGUGGUGACGGGCAGAUCGUGGAAAACGACGUGGCUGGGAACGGGGCAGUCGCGGUACGGCUGAUAGAAAGCGCGGACGUGAAAGUUCUGAGGAAUCGUGUGCAGUCUUUGCGUGGUUGUGCUAUCUCUGUAAGAGAAAGGGUUCGAGGUGUGAUCCAGGAAAACCUGGUGUACCAGGGCUACCCUGACAACAAAAAACCGCACAUAUACACUGACCCGCUCAACCGAGAGUGUGUCGUGCUCAGCAACACUCUGCUCACACACAGACCAAACACAAGCUGGGCUCUGGAAAACCCACCACCUCGUCCUCUCGGCAACAAUCCGCCAAGCUCCGCCCCUUCGUCGCGCCCUGCCCACCUCGCCAUUAGCAUGACGAGCAGAAUCACCGCCACCGUAGAGAGCGGCUGCCAUAAUAACGGCAGCAUCUUCUGUUGCAUUCUAUGAGGGACUGAAGUCACUUUUUUGCACCUAAGGAAAUUAGGUGUUGGAUUAAAGCACUUAGGGACACUGUCCUAAAUAAACAUUAACUCAAGGAGCUUUUAUCUUAGUAACCGACAAAUAGGAGAUGGGUGAAAACGUUAUGGAUAUAUGUGUGGUGGUCUGGGAAAACCCACUGGAUGUAAAAACCCAGCUAGCUAAGCAUAUGUGCCGUACACAUCGAAUGUCAUGCUUUGAUCAAGUAGUUGGAUUGCUAGGUUCGGUAGUAAAAGAGACCUAUUUGGCCCUACCGUAUUCCAAAAUGGCCGUAAAAGGGUUUUCCCAGGCUACCAGCUAUAUUUGAAAGAUUCUGUUCUCUCACUAUUGUGUUCUGAUCAGUUAGUCUCACAUGUUACAUACCAGACGCAGCACAUCUACUCCUCUAGCACAUGGGACGAAGAAAGAGGAUACACCGACGGCGUUGAAAGGGGACUGGAAUCUACCAAAGGAAGGAUGUGAUACCCGUGUCCACUGGUUUCAGAAGUUUUUCAGAGGACCUUGUUUACACCGUACAUGUAUUGCCUUGCACUUCUUGAUCACUGAAACAUUGAUGCUGGAUAUUUUUUUUCACCAUUUUUCAUGUAGACAGGAUAAGGAACCCAUUCACUAUCAACCCGAAACUAAAAACAUGCCAAAUUCACAAAAUUUCAUUAAAAAAAAAAGAGAAUCCUGAUUUAGGAUAGUUUCGUGAUUUUUGUGUCACUAUGGGAUACAUGCAUAUACACCAAUAAUGCCAUAACAUUAAAACCACCUGCAUAAUAUUGUGAAGGUUCCCCUUGUGCCUCCAAAACAGCUCUGACCCAUCAAGGCAUGGACUCCACAAGACCUCUGAAGGUGUGCUGUGGUAUGUGGCACCAAGACGUUAGCAGCAGAUCCUUUAAGUCGUGUAAGUUGCGAAGUCGGGCCUCAAUGGAUCGGAUUUGUUUGUCCAGUACAUCCCACAGAUGCUUGAUCGGAUUGAGAUCUGGGAAUUUGGAGGUCGAGUCAACACCUUGAACUCUUUGUCAUGUUCCUCAAACCGUUCCUGAACAAUUUUUGCAGUGUAACAGGCGCAUUAUCCUGCUGAAAGAGACCACUGGCGCUAGGGAAUACCGUUGCCAUGAAGGGGUGUACUUGGUCUGCAACAAUGUUUAGGUAGGUGGUACGUGUCAAAGUAACAUCCACAUGGAUGCCAGGACCCAAGUUUUCCCAGCAGAACAUUGCAUAGAGCAUCACGUUGCUUCUUCCGGCUCACCUUCUUCCCAUAGUGCAUCCUGUCGUCGGUUCACCGGUUGUCCUUUCUUGGACCACUUUUGAUAAGUACUAACCACUGCAUCUCGGGAACACCUCACAAGACGUGCCAUUUUGGAGAUGCAGUCGUCUAACCAUCACACUUUGGCCCUCGUCAGAUCCUUACGCUUGCCCAUUUAUCUUGUUUCCAACACGUCAACUCCAAGAACUGACUGUUCACUUGCUCACCCCCUUGACAGAUGCCACUGUAAUGAGAUAAUAAAGGCUGAUCACUUAACCUGUCAGUGGUUUUAAUGUUCUGGCUGAUCGGUGUAGUUGUUAGUUAGUCAUACGUUCAUGGUACUAACCUUAGACCCAGCGAAUAGAUUAGGUUCCCAGUUAGAGCGAGCGAAAGUUACGGACUGAUGCACAGCACGUCGUUUCUUCUCUUAUCCGUCCCGAGUGACAGCUUGGGCUCAGAGUAGUUUGUAAACAGGUGAGGUGCACUGUGGGAAUUCGUCUCCCACCAGAGCGAGUGAUGGAACAUUGGCAUAACAGGCUACAACACAGCGUGAGGUGAUGUUAUUCAGCCACAGCACGGCCCUUUGAGGUUUAACGCUGCUGUGCAUGUUUCAGAAAUCCCCCCUCCCCCCCAUACCCUCUUGCAACCUGGCAACCACGCAAUAAAUAAGUGGUAGGGCAGUUAUGGCUCAGUGGUUAAGGUGUCUAAGCUGUCUACUUGUAGACAGAUUGUAUAGUGUGUCAAUUGUAAAUCCUGAAUAAAAUCUGCCAAAUGUAUAAAUGCAAGAAACCCUUAGUAGUGACGAUCUAGAUGAUAAAAAUAGUUUUUAAAAAAUUAUUUAGUAGGUUUGAAAUGUAACUGAAUCAAACCUUUUGAACAUGUCACGCUUUUCCCUGCUAUAUUAAUUUGCCAUUGUAAAAAAAAGUUCUCGAUUAUUUUGGGCUUUUUUUUUGUCCUUUAUCUUCACUAGUGCAAUAUGUGAUGUCUAAAAUGUGCCUAUUUUUACUGUAUGCCUUUAUUUUUUUUAUAUACAUGUUGUGUACAGUCUGAAUGAUAAAUAUGUUAAUCAUUUCAAA